UGCGCGGCAAGGAGGCCCAGGAGAUUGUCUGAUAUUCAAGCAAUGACACUCGGGAUCCAAGGAACUUGACCUAAGAAGCUCGCGUGGACACUGUGGUGCGCUGCAAAUCAUCACUGCGACUGCACUAUCAUUGCCAAUGGCCUCACUCUCUCUUCCAACCCAAUGCCAAUGCCAUCCUGAAAAUUCUCCCCUCCUGUGUCUCUCUCCUCUUGACUUGCUGAGAGUCGCUCAAUCCAAUGGCCUCUGACGACCCUUCCUCCCUUCCGAAAUUGUCCUCCGACCGCAACGUCAAGCAUGUCGUACUGGGGAACCUGCUGUUCCAGACCUGGUAUCAAUCCAUCUACCCCGAAGACCUAGUCAGCAAGGACACAGAUCGCCUCUACGUCUGUCGCUGGUGUUUCCGCUACUCGUGUGACGUCGAUGCCCAUGCGAAACACACCAAGGGUUGCGAGCGCCAGACAACACCGCCGGGGACAAAGGUUUACGAUCACGGUGGCUAUUCCGUUUGGGAGGUCGACGGCGCAGACCACAAACUAUACGCCCAGAACCUUUCCCUCUUCGCGAAGCUGUUCCUCGACCAUAAAUCCGUGUUUUUUGAUGUUGCCUCCUUCCUGUAUUACCUCCUCGCCUUCAGGGAUCCUAAGGACCCGAAUCACUACCAUAUCCUCGGAUUCUUCUCCAAGGAAAAGCUCUCCUGGGACGCGAAUAAUCUCGCCUGCAUUCUGAUCUUCCCGCCGUAUCAACAUAAGCAGCUAGGCAAACUUUUAAUGGGGGUCAGCUACAAGCUCAGCGGCUGGGAGCGUGAUGGCGGCUUUAUCGGGGGUCCGGAACGCCCACUCAGCGAAAUGGGCCGGAGGAGCUACAGUCGCUUCUGGGAGGAGCGAAUUGCCCGCUACCUCGCGCAGCAGCAGGCUCCCACCAUCCCCCCCGAAGAACCGGAAGAUACCACUGGCACCCACAAGCAGAAACCCUCGAAUAAAGGCACCUCUCGAAAGAAACACACCUAUGAAGUAAUGACAGUGCAGGACAUUGGUCUGGCCACAGGAAUGUUACCAGAGGAUGUUAUCAGUGCCCUCCGUGGCCUGGGGGUUGUUGAGCCUACCACUCCUUCCAAGACACGCAAGGUAACCCAAUCGGAGGGAGAAACCGUCGUCAUACGGAAAUCAAAGAUUUUGGAAUGGGCCAAGACCCGCAACAUUAGUUUACGCGAUCCUGUUCGGGAUGAGGGCUUUUGCCUGGAUAAAUGGAUGACUGGUGAUGACCAAAAGCGGGAAUCUCCAGGCAGUGAUAAUAACGACUGAUUUUUUUUUUAUUCCCCCCCCCCCCUUCCCUCAUACCUUUUACUUCUGCCUGUACUUUUAGCUCUUGAAUUUCGGCUCAUGUUAGCCGAAAGGUCUUAGAUACCACAACUGAC